UCUCCUACUCUAUUUCCUCCGCCGUUUCAAACCCAAACCCAAAGCCACAUUCACAAUCUCCCUUAUCUUCCACAACAAUGGCCGAAAACACUGAAAUUGUAAGCAGAGAUGAAGGCCCUAAAAAACCCAUCAACUUAUUCGCCCUCUUUCCCAAGUGUAAGCUUCAAUUUCCAUUCUGGAAGCAGCAAGAACAAAAACCAGGGGUGGUGCCUGUUGAAGAUGAAGCUACGAACACUGGCACUCAGAAACCGGUCACUGUGAGCUUCCCAAAAGCCCAACCCGUCGUUCCUACUGUGGCUGCUGAGGUUGAAGAACCCAUGACCAAGACUUCCAAUCCCAUUAUAGUCUGGCAGGUUUAUGCUCUUGGAGGGUUUCUGGUUUUGAAGUGGAUAUGGGCAAGAUGGCAGGAAAGAAAGGAUAAAAAGGAGGAGUCUUCUGAUGAUGAACAAUCUUCUGCUGAUGAAUAGGCUUUUCUUAUGCAACAGUGAACCUUUUAUGUUAAAAUGGCAUAUUCACAAUGCAAGUUACUUUCUAGAUUCAUGAUAUAGCGGAAUUAGUACAUCUAAACUCAUGGUUUGUAAAGAAAGUGUUUAAUUCCUGUCUAAUUUUCGGCCACUUA